AUGUCCUCUUCACCAACAUUCACCACGCCCCUCAACGCACGCCUCACCGCCGCGGCCGGCGCAGAUGACGACGAUCCCCUCUUCUCUUCCGCCCUCGACACCGUCACCCCGAACCGCCGCGCCCUCAGCCUCGAUCCCCCCUCCAGCCGUGCGUCUCUCCUACCACGCACACCCUCCAACAACAACCCCCUCCGCUCCUCCCUGCGCAGCUCAGGCUACCGCGGCCUCUCCGCCUCGGGCCGCCGCUCUCUCGCCGCGACGCCGCACGCGCGCGCAGCCUACCGCACAAUCGACCAGCGUCGCGCCGCGGCCCUUACGCCAGGCGGGAACAAGCGCCGUGAAAGCUUCCGACCGCGGAGGGAGUCACUGCAUGACGUGCUGCGGGGUCUGAGCCGGGUCGUCAAGCAUACUACGCAACCCAUCUCGUCGUCCUCUUCGCCCAGCGACGUGGGUUCGAGGGCGGUGACGGCGCCGAGCGCGAGCUUGCCGAUACGGACGAUUGGCGACAGGAGGGGCACAGUGUACGAUGACGACGACGACGAUGACGAGCUUCCCAUCGAUCGGCCGAGGCUGUCGCUACCGUUGGAUGUUGAGGAUGACGACGAGGAUGAGCUUGUGGCGCCUGAGUUAUCGCAGAUUGAUGAGAAUGCGACGAUUGAGUUCCCUCGUCGGGCAUACGUGGACCAGCCGUCGCGAAUGUCCAUGGGCAGCGCGCGUUUGAGUGAGUAUAGGAAUUACGAGGACCUUGACGAUGAUGAUGACCGCGGGGAGGGGUUCUUUCCUGCGUUUGAGGUCGGAGCGUUGGACGAGGAGGGGAGGGAGCCGGAGGAGACUUUGGACAGAGUUGAGGACGAGGACCUAAGGCGUGAGACGCUGGCUUCUGCGCGGGACAGCGACUUUGGGUUCGAAGUGCCCAUCGACGCGGACAACCAGACGACGUUCAUGAUGGCGGUAGACGGGCAGAGUUCACCGGCGCGACCUCUGCCCGAGAUUACAGACGAACAGCCGUCGCUCAACAUCGCGCCGGUGGACGACGAACCGGCGGCGCCUCCCAUGGACGAGGACCUCGGUUUCGGAAAUUCAUACUACGACAUGCGCAGCUCAACGCCGAUCGAGCCCACCGAGGCCGCGGAAGAAGAGCUAGACGGAGAGACGGAGGUGAGCGUCGUUCAGGUCGAGCAGAGGCUGCGCAAGACGAAGCGCGGCGUGAAGCUGUCAAAGUACAACGUGGAGUAUCCGUCUCUGCCACCAGCGGUGGUGAAGCGGCUGGCGAAUACCUUUGCGAAAUCGAGCGGCAUCAGCAAGACCAAGAUUAGCCCGGACGCGCUGGCCGAGAUACAGAGGGCGUCAGAUUGGUUCUUUGAGCAGCUGGGCGACGAUUUAUCUGCGUACGCGAAGCAUGCCAAGCGCAAGACCAUUGACGAGAGCGACAUGCUCACCCUCAUGCGAAGGUACGUACAACGCCAGACCAGCUCGACGACCACCCCCUUUUCCCUGGCACACAGACAUCUACCCAGGGAGUUGCUGCAGGAGUUGAGGAUGCCCAAGCCGCUACCACCGGCGGAGCCAAAGAAGAAGCGCCGUCGCGUAACUGACGGCGGACAGUAG